UCCGGGGCGGGGCUGUGGGGAGGGCGCGGACAGACCCACAGACCCCGCCGGGAUGGGGAGUGUGGCUGCUCCGCCAGGGUCCUGCGGGUGGGAGAGCGGCUCCGCGACCGCUGGUGGCCGGAGCCCCUCUGUGUUGUGCUAGAGAUGCUCUUCCUCUCGUUUCAUGCAGGCUCCUGGGAAAGCUGGUGCUGCUGCUGCCUGAUUCCAGCCGACAGAUCUUGGGACCGGGACCGGGGCCGGCGCUGGCGGCUGGAGAUGGCGGACACGAGAUCCGUGCACGAAACCAGGUUUGAAGCGGCGGUGAAGGUGAUCCAGAGUUUGCCGAAAAAUGGUUCAUUUCAGCCAACAAAUGAAAUGAUGCUCAAAUUCUAUAGCUUCUAUAAGCAGGCAACUGAAGGACCCUGUAAACUGUCAAGGCCUGGAUUCUGGGAUCCUAUUGGAAGAUAUAAAUGGGAUGCUUGGAGUUCACUGGGUGAUAUGACCAAAGAGGAAGCCAUGAUUGCAUAUGUUGAAGAAAUGAAAAAGAUUCUUGAAACUAUGCCGAUGACUGAGAAAGUUGAAGAGUUGCUACAUGUCAUAGGCCCAUUUUAUGAAAUUGUAGAAGACAAAAAGAGUGGCAAAAGUUCUGAUUUAACCUCAGUCCGACUGGAGAAAAUCUCUAAGUACUUAGAAGAUCUUGGUAAUGUUCUAACUUCUACUCCAAAUGCCAAAAAUGUUAAUGGUAAAGCCGAAAGCAGUGAUAGUGGAGCUGAGUCUGAGGAAGAAGAGGCCCAGGAAGAAGUGAAAGGAGCAGAACAAAGUGCUAAUGAAGAUGAGAAAACGAAGAAAUCUGCAGACCGUAACAAUUUGGAAAUCAUUGUUACUAAUGGCUAUGAUAAAGACAGCCCUGCUCAGGAUAUACAAAAUGAUAUUCAUGCCACCUCUUCCUUGAGAGGCAAAGGUGAUGAAGAAGUAAAGGCUAUAGAUGAAAACUUGGAGCAAACUGGAAAAACUGCUGUCUGCAUUCACCAAGAGAUAAAUGAUGACCAUGUUGAAGAUGUCUCAGGAAUUCAGCAUUUGACAAGUGAUUCAGACAGUGAAGUUUACUGUGAUUCCAUGGAGCAGUUUGGACAAGAAGAGUCCUUAGACAGUUUUACAUCAAAUGGCGGACCAUUUCGAUAUUACUUGAGUGGUGAUUCCAAUCAGCCCUUGGAAGGUCCUGGUUUCCCUGAAGAUGUUCAAGGAUCUCUGGGACAUGGCAACUUUGGAGACAUGCAGGUGGUGGCAGUUGAAGGAAAAGGUGAAGUAAAGCAUGGAGGAGAAGAUGGCCGAAGUAACAGUGGAGCACCGCACCGUGAGAGACGGAGUGGAGAAAAUGAGGAAUUCUCUAAUGUCAGAAGAGGGAGAGGGCAUAGAAUGCAGCACUUGAGUGAAGGAUCCAAGGGUCGGCAAGUAGGAAGUGGAGGUGAUGGGGAACGCUGGGGCUCGGACAGAGGGUCAAGAGGCAGCCUCAAUGAACAGAUCGCUCUUGUCCUGAUGCGUCUGCAGGAAGAUAUGCAGAACGUCCUUCAGAGACUUCAUAAACUGGAAACACUAACAGCUUCGCAGGCAAAAUCAUCAACAUUACAGCCCAGUCAUCAGCCUCCCUCACAGAGACCAUCUUGGUGGCCCUUUGAGAUGUCUCCUGGUGCAUUAACUUUUGCUAUCGUAUGGCCUUUUAUUGCCCAGUGGUUGGUGCAUUUAUAUUAUCAAAGAAGGAGAAGAAAACUGAACUGAAGAAACUGGUGUUUUACUCCAGAAGACUACUGGGC